CUGCUUCCCCCUUGUGCGGACCCCAUCAGGUUAAUUAAUGUCGGCUCUAUAGCCUCACUGUACUUAUAUUACUUUUAAAGGAGUUUAAAGGAGGUAGAGAAAAACCCAAUUCUCUUGCAAAACACCCAUUUGGUGAUCACUAGCUAUAGCUUGCUAGUUUCAUAUCAAUUUCUGAUAUAUCAGAAUUGAUCAAGUUGAAGGGUUAACAAGAAAUUGAGAAUUAGGAGCAAAAAAUGGGCCACCAUUCUUGUUGCAACCAGCAGAAGGUUAAGAGAGGCCUUUGGUCCCCUGAGGAAGAUGAGAAGCUCAUCAGAUACAUCACCACCCAUGGCUAUGGCUGCUGGAGUGAAGUCCCUGAGAAAGCUGGGCUUCAAAGGUGUGGAAAGAGCUGCCGCUUGAGAUGGAUUAAUUAUUUGAGGCCUGAUAUUAGAAGAGGGAGGUUUACUCCAGAAGAAGAGAAAUUGAUUAUUAGCCUCCAUGGGGUUGUAGGCAACAGAUGGGCUCAUAUAGCAAGCCACCUACCUGGAAGAACAGACAAUGAGAUCAAGAACUAUUGGAAUUCAUGGAUCAAAAAGAAGAUUAGAAAGCCUUCCACAACUUCAAGCACCACAAUAAGUCCUUCUUCCAGUGCUGAUCAUCUUCAGCAUAUGAUUCCCCAGAUGGGUAAUUAUAUGAUCAAUUCAAACCAACUAGAUUUUGCAAAUCAAGAUUUGCCAACCCCAAAGCCCCAAGCUCAUCAAGAAACCCUAUUCUCCUCAACAUGCCCUCUCUUCAUGUUUGAUACAAGUCCCAAUAUGGAAGCAGCUCCAGAGAAUUACAGUUCACGUGCAGAGCUUUUCCAGGACAUGGUCUCCGCGGCGGGUUUGAGCUCAUCUGAGCCGUGGAAUCUGAGCCAGCAUCAAGUCCAGGCCUUCCCGCCUCCGGCAAUGUCAUUCAGUACAACAAGUGCUACCAGUGCUACCAUGGACACCAACUAUUUGCCGCCGUUGAUCGAGAACAUGGACAACAACAUGCUGCCCAAUAUUGAUCAUCAAGUUCAUCAUCAAUCUUGUAACAUUAAUCUUGAUGAGGAGGGAGAUCAUCAGAUGGCCUUGGAGUGCUUGAUGCAAAGGCAGGAGCUGAAUGAAUGGGUUGUGUCCCAGCAACAGUGUUCUAACUAUCUAUUUUGGGACACAGUUCUUGUUGGAGAAGAAGAACACAAUAAUAUUGCACAGCCUGCCGCUUCAUCAAAUGCAGGAGCUAAUACCCUACUGUCUUCUUUUCCUUCAACUCUAUAAGAUAUUAAUGGCGGUGUGUGAACAAACAACAACGUACACUGCUGUCCCCCCCUAACCUUACCAUGCACCUCUCUCUCUCUCUCUCUCUCUAGGAAGAGCUUUUCGAAAUGGUCCAGGCUUUUGAGUACAGAGUUUGUUUGUUUUUUUAUUACUUUUGGGGUGAGAUUGAUGGAUUGUGAAAUUAAAGUGAGCUCUAUAGGUAACAUAAGCAAAUGCAUGCAAUUAAUAUGUUUAUUUAAUUUGGGUUUGGCAACAGAAGAGAAUGAAUAAGGCAAUGCAAUGCGACAAGCAUCAAAGUUUGAACUA